GAAGCAAAAGUUGAGGAAAAAGUUGGAGAGAAAACUUGUCUCUCUUUCCCUUCUCUCCUCUCACUUUACCUCUUCUCACUCUGUUGAUCAUCUUCCAUCAUCACCAUCAUCAUCAUCGUCUCUCUCUCUCUCUCUCUCUCUCUCUUUACGUCUCUUUCUCACUCAAACUUUAUUCAGUUUGAAUUUUCAUUCAGUUAGUCAGUUACCUGUUACAGGCACAGUACCUUUACCAUGUUAACUUGUUGAACAUCAUCAUCAUCCUUGGGAAGAUAUUUCCAUCAUCAUCAUCAUCAUCAUCUUCAUCAACGGUAUUCAAUGAUCAACAAUUGAUUGUUUAUUCAUCUUUUAUUUACAUCUCUUCAAAGUCUAUUCACUUUUUUUAAACUUCGUUAAUGUAACAAUUUGAUGUGUUCAACUUUACAUCAAUCACUAUUCAGAUUUAAAUUGUCUGCCAAACAAUUACCUUAAUCAACAAUCAAUUAUAAUUUACUCUCUCACUUUAUCAAGUGAUCUUUUGCCAAACUGUGGAUUAUGAGAUUAUCUCAAAAGUUUCAUCACUAAUCUGAUGAUUAAUCUGAUUCUUUUGGAUGAAUUUAUACUUUUUCGCACCAUGGAUUAUACUUGCCUUCAUGAUCGCUGUUGUGAUAACAACAUUGAUGGUUGUCCAUUUCCUAAUAACCCUUUGUUUUGUUGAUGAUGAGGAUGACAAAUCAUCUAAAUCUCAUCAUCAUCAACAAGGACAGAUUAACAGAUAUCAUGAAACAUUUUAUGAUAAUCCAAUGGUUAAAUCUAAUCCUCAUCAAUUACCCACAAUUGAAUCAAUGAGGAAAAAAAAUGCUUCUCAAACUGAUGGAAAUCAUCGUCUUAAAUUACCGUUGGCACCUUGGAUUAAGUGGGGAAGGCGAUCGAAAGGACGUUCAGGUCGAAAAUUGUCCGAUCAAAUGAAUUCUUAUAUUCGAUCAAGUUCAUUUUGUGAUCUAAGUGUAACCUCUUCAUCUUAUCAACCUUAUACCUCUUCUUGGGUCAUUUCAUCACCAGAAAUGUACCAAAGGUCAGCUUAUCAUCCCGAUGAGAUGGACAGUAAUCCAAAUGAAGAGGGAAACAUGAUUAACAUUAACACCAAUGGUAAAUUGCGGAAUCAACAUCAUUCAAGUUACGAUAGUUUAACAACAACGGCAACAACUGACACUGAAUUUUAUCGUGAUUGGAAUCAUUCAAUUGAAUUCAGUGAAUUCAAUGAUCUGUAUUAUAACAAUAACAUUGAUCCCAAGUACAAAGAUACCAAUCAAAAUGUUAUCUACAUUUAGGAACUAAAUUAACUAAUUAACAUCACCGGAAAAACUAUUUAUUAUCACAAUCAAAAUCACAAUUAACUUUUACCUUUCCAUCACAAGUGCAAUAAGAUCAUUGAUCAAAACUGUAAUUUAGUUCAAUUUAACACACCAACAAUUUGAGCAUUUAUAUUAACAGAAGCAUUUUUAUAACCUUAAUUGUGAUUUAAAAUGAUGAUGAUUAAAGUAUCAGUAUAAUUUAGAAGCAAUUUGUAAAUAUUAAUCAUGAUUAAAAGUAAAUUAGUUGAAACAUUUUUCAUCAAUUAAAUCAAA